UGCCUGCGCUGCCAUCAUUUCCACUGCCGUGCUUUUUGACAGAUGUCGGUGUCGGCUUGGGGAGGAUUGUUUACAUUUGCUUCACCACACAAACAGUUCGGAGAUAGUCACGAUGACUGCGAUCGACAAAAUACAAGCUUUGGAUCACAUCGAGCGGGAAUUGAUCCUGUGCUUGCAAAGUGCCGGAGCCGCACUGAUGGAGCUGAGCAAAGAAAAGACGAGUCAAAAGGCUACCGAAACAAACGUUAAUCAGUUCCUUAAGUCACUCAACAAUGUCGAGACGAAACUGUCCGAACAAAUCAACUAUCUCACGCAAGUGUCCACUGGACAACCCCACGAGGGUUCUGGUUACGCAUCGGCCAAGGUACUGCAAAUGGCUUGGCACCGCAUUCAGCAUGUCAAGUCGCGCAUAAAGGACUUGGAAGAGUGCAAAAUGCGCUACAUACAGGCCAAUCGAAUGCAAAGUAACCGCGUUGGACAAAAUGCCUCAUCGAGCACGGCUGGUGUUAUGCUGUAAAGAGAGAGAAGCAUAGAGACACAGUAAAGUUAUCCGGCAUAAAUAUUCAAUAAAAAAAACAUGUAUUUCAUUCCUUGGCAUCUUGGCUAACAUUACUAACAUCA